UUAAUUUUUAAAACAAAAAGAUAAAGAAACUUAACAUAUACUGUUGGUGGGGUUGGUUCAUACUCCGAUCGGUGCUGGUGGAAGAGAAGAGAGGCUGAGGUAGACGAAAUGAGGUACGUGAAGCCCUUGCAGUUGUUUCAGGAUUUGACUAAUUCAACCCAGAACCAACGCGGAAGGUUGCUUGGUUUGGAUGUCGGGGAAAAAUAUGUUGGUCUUGCUCUUUCUGACUUCGACAACAAAAUUGCUUCACCUUUCAGUGUUCUCGUCAGGAAGAAGUCAAAUAUUAGUUUAAUGGCUUCUGAUUUUCAGAGCCUGAUAUCUAAAUAUUCCCUGAAGGGCUUUGUUGUUGGCGUCCCUUUUGACAGACAUCGGGUGGCUGCCGAAGCUUUUCCGGUGAAGGGUUUAAUUGAUCACCUCUGUAGAACAAAAAUGCUUGAAGGAGUAAAGUAUACAUAUUGGAAUGAGUGCUUUACAUCAAAGAAUGUGGAAUUGCUGUUAAAGCCUUUGAACUUGAAUAAACCAGUACUCUCCAAGACUAUUCUAGACAAGUUUGCAGCGGUAGGAAUACUUCAAGGGUACCUGGAUUUUGUCAACAGGAAAAUGAAGCUGACAGCAGUGGAGUGAAGAACUCUUAAUUUUUUGUUACUUUUCAAGUUUACUAUGUGUAGGCAUGGGUCACAAAUCACAACUACCUCUGAAUUAAAGGUUGGUUGGGGGACAGUAUAAUGGAUUUUAAAUUUUCCUAUAUUUGCAUUCUCUAUUCUGAAGCUGAAAUGGAAUGAAUCAUGUCACUUUCAGUCAUAUUAGGAUUAGUUUACAACCUUGAUGAAAUAGUUAGAGGCGGGGGUUAGUUUAUGUUUCAUUAUGAUUUGAUGAGAAGAGCUGCCUCAAAACUUAGGUCUUGUAUCUUCCUUUCUGAUUCCAAUAGUAAUUAUAAACAGAGGUUAGUAGUCUGUGCAGACUUUUUUAUCUAAAAACUGACGACAAAACUGUAGAUUACAUAAAUUAUUGGGAUUAAUUUGAUACAUUUUUCUUGCACCAAGUACUUGUACUUUUAACUUUCAUCACUGCUUAUGAAAUUUUUUUGAUUUAUGAA